AUGACAGAAACCACUGCCAUCAAAGUAAAAACAGAGCGGCCUGAUGAAGCCGAAAUUAGAGAGCUGGCUGCGAAGAUGGUGGAGGCGAACAAGGCGAAAGCGUUGGCAGCUUCUGUGGCCGCCGCGCGACCUCAACCCGGAGCCCUCUUGGGUGGUCCGACGCCGGCAGUUGGUGGUCAAAUGGGUAUCCUGAAUUUUCUCACGAGAAAACCGGGGACUCAAGCACCAGUAGCUGAACAGCGACCGGCUUCAGAUGACAAAAAGACACCAGCACCUGACGAAGCCAGUUGGAAAGGUCACUUUGGAUGGGAUAUGCUUGGAAAAUGUCACAUUCCAUACAUAUACCGAUCCGGAGAAAAAUACGUGGCAGUCCGAAUGGUGGAGAUCAAACUCCUAAAUAAGUACCUGAACUAUCUUCAUGCAGACAUCUACUCCUGUACGUGUAUACGAAGUUACUAUAUAACAGAGAUUGAAGCCAGGCUUCUCAACGAAAUCAACAAUAGACAUUGUGAUGGACAAUUUGGUAGGGAACCCUUCACUCAGAAGGACCUAGUAGUGAGGUUAUCGGACGCUUAUGAGUUCUAUAAUUUCUUAGAUGUGUGUUAUAAUAAACUGUUACGUGGUACAACAAAUAACAAAGACAAGUGUGGUUUCAUUAGGAUAAAUAAGGAAUCUGUAGUUCCAUAUACUGUGCGGGAUGGGCAAAAGUUUGUCCCUCUAUUUUACUUUGAAGGUGAAACGGAUAAUUUGAAAUUGAAGGCUGACCAGUUGAAGGGUUGGGACUUGUCAUAUUUAAAAUUCUGUUGUAAGGUGCAAGGCAUAAGGAAUGAAUUGUUUGCCAGUGAAACAUGUUCAGUGAUUAGUUUGACGGACAUUAAAAGUUAUUUUCCACCUGGAACCGAGUUUGAGGAGUAUUGGCCUAACAAAGUUGUUGACUCGCAGCUCCUGAUAUCAGCCAAAGGAUCAGUAUCCGGCGGUGGGCAAUGGACGCGAGCGCCUCCCGCACCGCCACCAGGUGCAGUGGGUGGAGUGGGCGUGGGCAGCGGCGUGUCUCUGGGCAACGUGCCAUCGAGAGGAAGGAGGCCCACACAGAGACACUCUGCAGCAUCCUCAGCAAUGCAAAUGCCGCACGCCGGCAUAUCCGCCGCGGCCGUACAAGCACUCUCCAACGGAUGGAAUCUACCCGGAACGUUGACGCAGGCGCAAACGCAACAAGUUUUAAGGCUUGCUCAGGCUCAAGUAGCUGCGCAAGCGCAAGCCGCGGCGCGGUACAGCAACGCAAUGGCCGCGGCCGCGUCUAUGCCCCAACAUCGGUCUCAACACAAUCGUAAUGUACAGUUUCCGAACAGUUCAAUAACAAUGGCGAUGGGUCAGCAGCCGCCCCCACCUCUAGUGAGGAGUACGGCCAACACAACAACCAUGAAUUCGGCGCAAGUGACUGGGAGUAUGAAUGGCCACUCAACCUCUCACAACGUGGACACGCGGAAAAGGCUCACGCCAAUACCAGACAUCAGUAUUACUGGCAACCAUACGCCGUAUAAGGUCCAAAAGGCGGUAGUGGAGAACACGAUGGUCCCCUGCAUCAACGCCAAGCCCUACCAGUACACGGAGCUGCUGAUGACGCUGCCCGACCUGGCCAGCCACUUCUUCCCGCGCGUGCCGCUCGCUACGUGCCGCGCCAUGCUCGACGCGCUCGGACUCACGCUAUUCAGGCCUAACACAACACAACUCCAAGUGCUCCGGAACUCUGGCAAAUGCAAAUCAGCAGCUGCCGGGGAGAACGGCAUGGCUCUGGUCCAGAUCCGAGACGUGAUGCAGCACAUGCCGCAGUUCAAGUACAUGAUGCGGUCAGGGCUGGCGGACGACGCGCCUCACCAGCCGCCGCGGCCCGCGCACGCGCCGCCCUCCUCGCACGCCAAACGCGCGCGAGCCAAC